AUGGCCACCCUGGCUCAGAUCCUGGCACUGCUGGCAAUGGCCAUGGCCACCACUGUUGUCAAAGGGAUACCCCUGGACAUGGCCCCUGACUCCUUUGAUGACCAGUACCAGGGCUGUGGCCCUGCCAUGAAGGGGGCCCUCUACAACUCUGAGUUCCAGCAGAACAAGGAGUUUGCUGAGGUUUGGGUAAAGGCUGCAGCCAAGGUGCAGAGUUGGGGCCCCCCUGUGUCUCCUGUGUCCCCAGACCAGGCCACUGCCAUCAUGGCCUUCACAAUGACUGACCUCAGAAUGACUUACCUCAGAACAUUCAAUGAUGCCCUGUGUGUGGCCAGGCGCUCCCACCAGGAAUAUUGGGACAACUUCCACUUCAAAACGCUGCAUUUCCUGCUGACCGAUGCCCUGGCCACGCUGAGGGAUGAUCAGAAAGGGCAGUGUUGGAACACGUUCCUAAAUGUGUGUGACGCCUGGUACAAGGCACAGUGUGACAACAGUGUCCGGUCUGGUGAAUUCGCGUUGAUGGUACCCCUGAUGCCCCUCUUUGUCCCCCAGGUGGGAGCAUCCCCAGGGCUACCUUUCACCUUGGAGGACUCCUCCUGGCCACCACAGCCUUGGCAGUGGCCACUGGGAUCCUCUGAGCCUCGAGACCACCAUGGCCUCCAAGGUCACUGUGGCCUCCCCAAUCACCAAGACCACCAGGACCUGCAGAGAAACGAGGCCACCAAGGCUACCAAGGCCAGCACAGCCACUCUGGCCACCAUGGUCACUAUAACCACCAAGGUCACUGUGGUCACCAUGAUCACCUAG